AAAAAAAAAAACACAGAGGAUUUCCUUUUCUCAUGUCCAUUGGUUUCUCAGACAUGAGAUAGGGCAUCCAUUUCUCAGAUUUCUCAUUCAAGGGUUGUUGUGGAUCUUUGAGUUCUUUCUAUUGCAUUGCCGGUUUCUGUGGUGCAAAAGUUUGUGUUUUGAUCUUUUGUACUGGUCUUUAAAUCUUUUUUACAGUUUAAAUCCUUUUCCCGUUGACUUUUGAAAAUCCUCAAAGAACCCAAUUCCGAUUGGAUUUCAUCAACUUUUGAUUUUGACCACCUUUGUUGAACAAAUCUGACAACAAUGUCUGAGUCGAAUCAAACCACACCCUUGAUCCAGCCAUCAUCGUCGAGAAAACUCCCUGACUUCAAGCAGUCAGUGAAGCUGAAAUAUGUGAAACUCGGUUAUCAUUACCUAAUUACUCAUGGGAUGUUCCUUUUUCUAUCACCUAUUGUUGUCGUUAUCGCCGCACAACUAUCCACAUUCUCCAUCCAAGAUCUACAUGACCUUUGGGACCAUCUUAAAUUCAAUCUCAUAUCUGUGAUCCUGUGUUCGACCCUCCUCGUGUUUUUAUUUACCCUUUAUUUCCUUACUCGGCCCCGCCCUGUUUACCUAGUGGAUUUUGCAUGCUAUAAGCCUGAAGAUUCUAGGAAAUGUACCAGGAAGAUUUUUAUGGAAAGGUCGCAGUUGACAGGUGCUUUCACUGAGACGAGCAUGGAGUUUCAAAGGAAAAUUCUUGAGAGGUCCGGGCUUGGGGAGUCAACUUAUCUCCCCGAGGCUGUUUUGAGAGUUCCUCCAAAUCCGUGCAUGGCUGAAGCAAGGAAGGAAGCUGAGGCUGUAAUGUUUGGUGCAAUCGACCAGCUGCUUGAGAAGACAUCCGUAAAACCGAAAGAUAUUGGGAUUCUGAUUGUGAAUUGCAGCUUGUUUAACCCAACACCAUCCUUAUCUGCCAUGGUGAUCAACCAUUAUAAGCUAAGGGGGAACAUCCUUAGUUAUAAUCUUGGUGGUAUGGGUUGUAGUGCUGGGUUGAUAUCAAUUGAUCUUGCCAAACAUCUUCUUCAAGUGCAUCCUAAUUCUUACGCUUUAGUUGUUAGCAUGGAAAACAUCACCUUGAAUUGGUAUUUUGGGAAUGAUAAGUCGAUGCUUCUCUCAAAUUGCUUGUUUAGAAUGGGAGGAGCUGCUGUUUUGCUUUCAAAUAAAAGAUCUGACUGGUGGCGUUCCAAGUAUCAAUUGGUCCAUACUGUUAGGACAAGUAAGGGUGCUGAUGAUAAGUGCUUCUCCUGUGUUACCCAACAAGAGGAUUCUACUGGGAAGGUUGGAGUUUCUUUGUCGAAGGACUUGAUGGCAGUUGCAGGGGAUGCUUUAAAGACUAAUAUCACUACCCUUGGCCCUCUUGUUUUGCCAAUGUCUGAACAGCUGCUCUUCUUUGCCACAUUGGUGGGGAAGAAAUUCUUUAAGAUGAAGUUAAAGCCAUACAUCCCGGAUUUUAAAUUGGCUUUUGAGCAUUUCUGUAUUCAUGCUGGGGGGAGGGCUGUGCUGGAUGAAUUGGAAAAUAACCUACACCUUUCAGAUUGGCAUAUGGAACCUUCCAGGAUGACACUCUAUCGAUUUGGCAACACUUCAAGUAGCUCACUUUGGUAUGAAUUGGCUUAUUCAGAAGCCAAAGGGAGGAUAAAGAGGGGAGACAGAACAUGGCAGAUUGCUUUUGGGUCUGGGUUCAAGUGUAACAGUGCUGUCUGGAAGGCUCUGCGGACCAUAAAUCCAGCCAAGGAGAAGAAUCCAUGGAUGGAUGAGAUUGACCAGUUCCCGGUGGAUGUUCCAAAAUUUUCAGUCAUACAGUAAGUACAAAAGUUUCAUUGGUUCGCAGGGAUGUGUUUCCGGUGGUGGUAGCAACAGUCUUUGAGUUAUGAAGCCUUUACCAUGUCUUUGCUUUUGCUGCAGAUCUAUUAGAGAACUAUGACUGAUUUAUGGUUUUUGUUUUGAACUCCAACUGACCAGUAUGAGGACCUUUGCUCAUGACUUGAAACUAGGUUAUCCUCCAUUGAGCAGAAUGUAACUUCUAUACAAUUCAUUUAUCCUCUUUGUAGCAGUUAGUGUUUUUCAUUUCUGGCACCGCCCGUUUUGUUCUAGCUCCCUUUGUGAGAAAUGAGAAAUCUAAUGUCAUUACUAUA